UUUGGUACUGCACAGAAGUAAAUUUCAAGGGCAGUUUUUGGGUGCUUUUUCUCUAGAUGAUAUGGUAUAAAACCAGGGGGUGUGAACUUUGGAGAAUAUUCUCAGUUUGCUAGUCAAACCGUUCACUACUGAUAACUUAUCGCAAUGGCUUUCAAAUUCGUUCUCUUCGCCGCCCUGGUCGCUGCCGCCAGCGCCGGCCUGAUUCCUCAGCAUGGACACAUUGGACACGCUUCGUCCCACCAGAGCUUCCAGCUGCACACUCCAACUCAUCACCAUGCCGCUCCGGUGCACCACGUGGCCGCUGUCCAUGCCACUCCGGUUCACCACGUAGCUGCCGUCCACGCUGCUCCAGUUCAUCACACCAUCGUGAAGGAAGUCGAGCACCACGCUCCGGCCAACUACGAGUUCUCGUACGCCGUGCACGAUGAACAUACCGGAGACAUCAAGAGCCAGCACGAGACCCGCCACGGAGAUGAGGUCCAUGGCCAGUACAGUCUGAUCGAUUCUGAUGGUCACCAGCGUAUCGUCGAUUACCACGCCGAUCAUCACUCCGGAUUCAACGCCGUCGUCCGUCGUGAGCCAACCCACGUGAAGAUCGCUCAGCCAGUGCACAAGGUCAUUGCCCAGCCCGUCCAUGUCCAUGCUGCCCCAGUUGCCCAUCACUCGUACUCGCAUGCUGCCCCAGCUGUCGCUUAUACUUCCCAGCACCAUGUUGCCCCAGUGGCCCAUGCUACCAUCGCCCAUGUUGCGCCGGUUGCCUACACCAGCGGUCACGGACAUGGACAUCAUGCCACCAGCCAUAUCAGCCAGAUCAGCCACAACAAAAUGCUUCGUCCUACGCCCUAUUCGACUCUUUUGAGUCGUGCGCUGAGGCGAUCUUUCAGCAGUGCUGCCAAUAAUGGACCCGUUGUAACCGAAAUGGACCCCAAGACGGGAUACGCCACAGUUACCCUGAACCGAGCCCCUGUCAACGCUAUGAAUCUGGAACUGAUGAGGGCGAUCCAGCGUACCAUUGAUGAUUUGGAACGUGACAAGGCACGAGGCAUGAUCUUGACAUCGAAGAUGGGAAUGAUUGACGAGCUGGUGAUGAACCAGGACGAAGGAGUUUUGAAGGCGAACAGCUUGCGGAGCAAUGACACCGAGCGACUUCGUUCUGCUAUCCUGUUUUUGGGAGAAAGUGACACACCCUUCAAGGUCGUUUCCCUGGUGGGAACAAUUUUCAGCUUUCGCGUUACCUCCAGUAGAACAUAUCCAACAUUCACAGCAAGAAUGGCAUUCAAGUUCGUUCUCUUCGCCGCCCUGGUCGCUGCCGCCAGCGCCGGACUGAUCCCUCAGCAUGGACACAUUGGACACGCUUCGUCGCACCAGAGCUUCCAGCAGCACCAUUCCGCUCCGGUGCACCACGUGGCCGCUGUCCAUGCUGCUCCGGUUCACCACUUGGCUGCUAUCCACGCUGCUCCAGUCCAUCACACGAUCGUGAAGGAAGUCGAGCACCACGCUCCGGCCAACUACGAGUUCUCGUACGCCGUCCAUGAUGAGCACACCGGAGACAUCAAGAGCCAGCACGAGACCCGCCACGGAGAUGAGGUCCAUGGCCAGUACAGUCUGAUCGAUUCUGAUGGUCACCAGCGUAUCGUCGAUUACCACGCCGAUCAUCACUCCGGAUUCAACGCCGUCGUCCGUCGUGAGCCAACCCACGUGAAGAUCGCUCAGCCAGUGCACAAGGUCAUUGCCCAGCCCGUCCAUGUCCAUGCUGCCCCAGUCGCCCAUCACUCGUUCUCCCAUGCUGCCCCAGCUGUCGCGUACACUUCCCAGCACCAUACAGCCCCAGUGGCCCAUGCUACCAUCUCCCAGGUUGCCCCGGUUGCCUACACCAGCGGACACGGACAUGGACAUCAUGCCACCAGCCACAUCAGCCAGAUCAGCCACAACAGCCACUAUUAA